GCAGCAGACCGCUGGCCCACAGAACGCUGUGUCGUGGCUGGAGUGAUUCCACCAGACGAUGGUCUCCACUAGUUGUUUUUUUAAUAAUGUAAUUUAGCAGCAUACUUUGUGGUAUUUAUCAAAAUAACAACUUUUGACAGAUUUCAGUCGUUUUAGAGACACUAAUAUUUUGCAGAAAAUUAGCGAAGGAAUUUGUAUUCUAUCUGCAGUGGCAAACAACAAUUUGGAGCACUCCAUUCAGGUUCAUUGUUGGCUGCCUGUGGCUGAAGUCUAACAUCCAAUGGAAACAAGACCUUUGAUAGAGUGGAACACUGGUCUCUUCGACUGCUUUGAGGAUGCAAGUUCUUGUUGCUAUGGUUUCUGGUGCGCCCCUUGUCUUGCCUGCACGGUGUCAGAAAGAUUUGGAGAGAACCGUUGUCUCCCGUUGUUUGACAUUUGCUGUUUGAAAUAUCCAUGCUUGCCUUCUCCUGCAGUCCUCUCUCUAAGGGUUGCCAUGCGAAACAGAUACGGCAUCAAGGGUUCUCUGUGUAAGGACAUCAUAGCUACCAGCUGCUGUGAGUGGUGCGCCUGGUGUCAGAUGCAUCGAGAGUUAAAACAUCGCAGGCAAACUCCCACUGUCGUCAAUAUGCAGAAUCAAACCAUUGUACAAAUGCAGCCUCCUGCAGUCAUGAUGGCUCCUGCAUACCAACCCCAAGGUGGUUAUGUGUACCAAGGAGUCCCAGCCCAAGAUUGUGUGGUGACCCAAUCAGAAGUCCACGUGCAGCCAUACUGAGCUCUGUGGCUUCUCAUUGGCCUGUUGUAUCUUAUGAAGAAAGUAUGAUUGAGCUCAGAUCUUACUGCUGUUAAGUGAAUGAUUAAUCAUUCAAAGCCAAAUAUGUUAUAACUUUGAAUUGUGCCCCCCUGGCAUCAGAGUGUGCUGAACAAGUUUCAGUUUCUUAAUAAUUAUGACAAUAAUUGUAACAGUUCUUGGUGAAGUCCCUUAAAUUUGGUUCUCAGUUUUUUGCAGCUAACAAGGACACCCAGUCAAGGAUUAAUGAGGCACAUGUAGUUCUUUCACAUCUCUAUUUCUCCACAAGUAAUCUUGGGAGUGUGGUCUACAGUUAAAGAAAUAAUUAAGUUGUAUUCGAAUAGGAACAGCGUUCCUAUUCAGCAACAUCCCACUGCAGUUUAUCCAAAAGCCCAACAGAGGGCCCUCUGUAACCACAAAUGGCUGCCAAAAAAAUGUCAUUAGCAAAUGAGGAUAUCAGUCAUCUGCAAUCCUUGUCUU